UCUACUUCUAUACUCCAAACUUAAUCUCUCUGUCUAUAUAUGGGGUCUCCGGUGGAAUUCAAGGAGCUCCGGUUACCGGCGUUGGUGAUUUACGCGCUUCAAGUCGUAGCUUUCUUCAGAGACCUCAUCGCUACUCUCUGUCCGUACAUCGGCUUGUCCGAUUUCCAAGCACACGAGAUCCGGCAACCCGACCCGGAACGUUUCGCCCGGCAAUCUGUCUCCGCCGAUGAAGCCGGUGGCGCGUGCCACGACGCGCUGGCUGGUCUCGCGGAUAAGAUCGUACCUGUGGUACGGUUCUCGGAUCUCCGACCCGACCCGGGAGACUGCUGCGCGGUGUGUCUGACGGAGUUCGGUCCCGACGACGAGAUCCGGCGGAUCAGGAACUGCCGCCACGUGUUCCAUCGGGGUUGUCUGGACCGUUGGAUGGUUGACCACCACAAGAUGACGUGUCCGGUUUGUCGUGACCGGUUUGUACCGGAUGAGUUGAUGGAAGAUUUCAUGCAUUUGGUCUUGGGUUCCGGUCCGGAUGUGUACGGACUCUACCGGUGGUGGUUUUGAUUUUCCCUGAGCUCGAGUCACUUGUAAUUAUACUUAUGUUGUAAUUUACGUCAUAUUAGACCUAUUUAUUUUGACAUAUUUUGUGCGGAAGUCCAAAACUUUUUUUUUUUCAUAACUAGUAUGCAAUUUUUUUA